AAAGGUGAGCCACUUUCGUGGUACUGGUUAUCCCGAGUUGAACUCGAGAGUGGACCAAAGUUAUCUCGGUCAAAUUCUUUGCAUGAUCAAUCAGCCAUCUGCAGUGGCAGUACAGCAGUUACUGCGAUGCGGCCUCCACAGAUGUCAGAGCAAACAUACUUUUUAUGCUUCGCAGAGCUGCUGUGAAGGAAGUUGCCAAGGAAAUAUGGGACAUUCAAACAUGUGCCUAUAAUUGUCAUUCAUCAUUGGCAACAAUGAGUGGAGCACGUGACUCAUGUGUUACUUUGCUGCACAGUGCGAAUUGUUUCAAAUUUGAUACAUCUUGGAAGGUGUGACUUGUGCGCUACUACUACCGUGUACAGAAUGGGUCAAACGUGUUGUGGUCUCUCGUACUCCACCGCCGCUCCAGGCAAAGCGAAAUGGAAACCAACAGAAACACCCAAACUACUCCCUAUCCGCAGAUUUACCCGUGAGGAGCGAAGGUGUGACCGGUUUUACAGGAAUCGGAUGAAAACGAAGCAGUUGCCUUCGCCAGGCACAGGUCAACCAGAGGUAGGGCUGGUAAUCGGAUCUAGAAAUUCGGAAACCCUUCGUGGUAACGGGCGAGGGAAGUUGUUGCGAGGCCAGACUGAGUCGGAGGUAGUGGACCACACCGCCGAAUACCCAUCUGGAAUUCAUUAUGAAAAUAUUCAGGCUCUCGACUGUGACGCUGUGAGCAAGGGAGCGGCCGACUCGUCCUUCGAUGCGACGGGCUUGGAAACACGGUCCAGAGGAUUCGACAGAACUCGCUGCGCAGUUACGCAGCGCAGCGGCCCAGAAACAACGGGAGAAGACCAUGUCUGGAAUGCCCCGGCGAGGGCCAUGGAAAACAAACCAUUCGGAUUUGAUAAAGAGGGUGGGGUUGCCUCGGAGGUCAGCGGGGUAUCGGGGGCUGUACAACCGGAUGGUUCAGUCCAUUGGCGCACAUCUGGCAAUGAGAAUUUAAGACGGACCCUGACAUCACUGAGCUUGCGUUUGGACGAACCUCUGACAAACGGCGUGUCAGAACCGAUAGGGUAUGAUUUACCCCACACAGAGGUAGAAAUGACCAAAUCUAACUUUCUCACUGCUUCCCGUGAGCCCGAAGCUGUCAGGAAAAAUGAUCAAAACAGUUGUUCAGUUGAGUCGGGGAACCAGGAGGACCCCUCGAUCAACUCUCCAAUACAGCCACACGGACAGGUCCAAAGUCCACUAGGCAGCCAAAGUUUCCCCGGUACUAUCCCAAAGCUUAUUAUAACCAGAGAUCUAAGCCCCAGUCGGACCCAGGAAACACUAGAUCCAAGGACCAUGGGACUCGGAGUCGGUGGAUCAUCGCUGGGCCCACACGCCGAUGAUGAGUCCCCAUGCUCGGACAGUGGCUGCGGAGGCUCCCCGGCGCUAAUGCGCUUUCACAGAAAGCUCUCCAACUCGUCCUCCGCCGGCUGCUUGUCCUCCGCCUCGUCCUUUGAGGAGUCCGAGGAUGACUUCAACGGCAGCGACAUCGAGCCCAGCCUGUCCCCAGUCAUAUGCAACACGCUGGGCAGCCCAGACGAAAGCACGGGGACCAAGCAGUGGCAGAAGCUGAAAACUAUGGUGCACUGGUCUCCCUUCGUUGUGUCCUUUAAGAAGCGCUAUCCCUGGGUGCAGCUCGCCGGGCAUGCAGGUAACUUCCAGGCGGGGGAGUAUGGGCGUUUGUUGAAGCGCUACUGUGAGUGUGAGCAGCUGUGCCUGUCGAAGCUGAUGGGGGACACUCUGCGGCCGUAUGUCCCUGGCUACUACGGCGUGGUGCAGAGGAACGAACAGGACUACAACCUAAUGGACGACCUCCUGGCUGACUUUGACUCUCCCUCCAUCAUGGACUGCAAGAUGGGCAGCAGGACUUACCUGGAGGAGGAGCUACUGAAGGCCAGGGAGCAUCCGCGGCUCCGCAGGGACAUGUAUGAGAAGAUGGUGGCCGUGGACCCCGGGGCCCCUACGGAUCAGGAGAGAUCCCAACAAGGCAUCCUGAAGCCCAGAUACAUGCAGUGGAGAGAAACCCUCAGCUCCACUGCCACCCUGGGCUUCCGCAUCGAGGGCAUCAAGAGAGCAGACGGGACGUGUAACACCAACUUUAAGACGACCAAACACAGAGAGCAGGUCAUGCAGGCCCUGGGAGACUUUGUGGAUGGGAACAUUCAGACCCUGAAACUCUACCUGCAACGUCUUAAAGAUCUGCGAUCCGUGCUGGAGAAAUCCCAGUUCUUCAGAACACAUGAGGUGGUGGGCAGCUCCCUGCUGUUUGUGCAUGAUGCGUCGGGGCAGGCCCGUGUGUGGAUGAUAGACUUUGGGAAGACGGUGCCCCUGCCUGCCCUCCUCACCCUGGACCACCGGACCCCCUGGAUGGAGGGCAACCACGAGGAUGGCUACCUGUGGGGUCUGGACAAUCUCAUAGACAUUCUCAGUACCAUGCUCCCCCCCAGCCCUUGAGAGAGGGAGAGGGCCGUGUGAGAGAGAACAAAGGGAUGGCCUGGAAGAGGGAGAAAAAGAGGAUGGAGAGAACACUCUCAUCUUUGUCAGAGCAGAGGAUGUAGUUGGGGACGAACAGAUGGAACUGGUCAUUACCCAAACUAGAUGUGACACUGGAGAGAUGAAGGGAAAGGACGAUGACUGCAAAAGAGAGCGAGGGAGCACACGGAGCAUGGUGGACAGAGUGAGGAAACCUGUCCACACAACCAGUGGUGUGUCAUCCCUCAUCAACUUCUCUCAUUAUAAGAGCUAUGACGUCAACUAUCACUGACACACACACACACACGCACACACACACAUGCACACACACUACCUUCAUAUUAUCACAAGUAUGAUGAUAAUGUACUGGACGUUUCCAAUGGGAUAUAUCCUCCUCAAGUGACCUUAGAGGAGCAAUGUUUUAUUUUCACUAUGGACCAUUUGACUUUAUGCUUUUAAAACUAUUUUAUAUAUAUAUAUAUAUGUCAACACUAGAAACACUGGAAAAACAUGUAUAUUUUUCAACUUUAUCCGGUGCUCAGCCUUUUAAUGUAAAUACAUUGUAUUUUGUAUUUAAUUUGUUUGCCUUCACAAAUAGCCUCUUUACUCUUUGUACUUUUUUUUCUGUGCCUAGAUAGUUUUUUGUUGUUGUUUUUUUGAAUCAUUCCAAAGUUUGCUGGAGAGUUAACCCAAAGUAUGAACUGAUGUCUGUAACAUAUUUAUUUUUUUUCUAUGGUGAAAACUGGAGGAUGUUGUUGAUUAGUCUGACCCGCGUGGUGUCUGAUUGGCGGAGUUGACCCAGCAGAUAAACUAACAGUGAUUCCCAACCAGGGGUACUAGGACCCCUGGGUGUACUUGGUCUAUAGACUCCGGAGACCAUAGGACUACUGGUAAAAUGCACAUGAGGGGGUGCUUCAGGGGUACUCUGGGCAGAGCAACGUUCAGUUGGUGGUACGGUAACCUGAAAAAGGUUGGGAACCACUGAACUAACAGAUGGGAUAAAUGUUUUUUCUUCUUUAAUUUCCCUCCUAGUGGGCACAUGCCUUGGUGGUCACGAUAACUAGACUGUAUUGCACAAAUGGGUACCUCACAAAAGCCAUUGAACAAAACUAGUCCUGCCUGUGUGUCCCUGAAUAUGGAUUCACUCUGGUGUCCCAGGUUCUUUAUAAGCAAACUAUUUUCUGGUGAGUGGCAGUUGACUCAUCUGUAUAAUUGUGAUCAUUAUUCCUUUAGUUCAAUGAUACUUACUUUUUCUGAGAUGGGUAACGAUUGGCCUGACAACUGAAAUGACUAGUUGAACAAGUCACCUGAAACUGGAAUGAAUGAGGAGCUGAUUCUUAUGACACGUUCAUCCACACGUCAGACUUUAAUGUGAAUCUGAUUUAAUAUAGAAUCAUUGCUAUCAAAGACGACAUUGUGGUGACUAUUUUUUCUUUUUCUUCUAAUUGAAGGCGGGUUCUGCAUCUGCCCUUGUUUUGGUACACUUUUUUUCUUUCGAGAUAAUGUUGGUUUAACACUGCCAUUCCUCUGUAAGUUUAGAUAUAAAUAUGCAAACACAAACUCACAUAAUGACAGUCGUCAGUUUUUUUUUUUUUUAUGCGUUUCUGCCAGUGACUGUAUUUGACACCUUUUCUGAACGGUGUCAGGUCUUGUGUCUCUGGAUUUGUAGAUCUGUCAGGCAACAUUCCCAUCCAAGUCUCACUCCAUAUUCUUCAACAGAGUCCGACAACACAGUUUGUGUGUUUGUGGUGUGAGCAGAUUUCUCUAGCUAGGAAAUAGAGGGGUUCUGUGUGUGACCGAUUAUGUGACUGUCAGCAUUGACAUCGCCGAACUGGAAUCCUGUUUCUACUGUUGACAUCUCGCAAAUAUUCCACACCAUAAAAAGCACACAUUCUGGAAGUAUAUGUAUUGAACAAUGUAUUGUUUACAAAGUAUGUCUUUACGUACCAUGUAUCCUCUUCUUGAUCUUAACCUGACUGUUACCAGCUUUCGGACUGCUUGGGUUGUUGUGUGUGGCUGAGAGCUGGACUGUGUAUUAAGGGUAGGCCUAAGAUGUAUAUUUUAUAGUUUGGGUAAGCCCUUCCGCUGUGCUGUACUUCAGGAGACCGUGCAUUACAAGAUGCUGGGGCACAACAAAUAUGAAUGUUAAGAGGAUUGAGACGGGUCCUUGCUCUCUUUGUCUAGAAUACCAUUGAUUGCAAUAAACUGGAACUAAGCUCAAGUCUUUCUAAUCU